AUGAAGCUUGCUUCUCCGCUCGCAUGUGUCGGUGUUUUUGAUUUCACAUUUUGGUUCUUUUUUUUUCUUUCAAUAUACCCAGCCAAAAUACGACAAUCUCUACGUCAAACCUGCAUGCAGUCUCCUUGUCCUCCGAGACUGUAUGUUUGUCGUCCGCAGGUGUCUUUCCAUCAAAUGAUGAGGUUUGUGCAUAUCUCCUUGAGUAUGUCUGUUCCCGAGGUCCCUUACGCCCGAUUCUCUAUUCAGCCCUCCUACUUUCUAUUUCCUUUGGCCAACAUUGCUACGCUUCGACGCUGUAUCACCGCCGCAACGCGCCUCGCCGUGGCUUGCCCGCUUGCCGCGCUGCAUAGGUGA